AUGCCGAUAAAGAGACUUCCAGAUGGUAUACGCUCUCAAAUACAGUCACAGGUGUCCAUAGUAUCAUUGGGAGAUGUUGUACGGGAGUUGCUUCAGAAUAGUGUAGAUGCCCACGCUACGAAAGUUGAGAUAGUGCUUGAUUUCAAAUCAAAGAGUGUAAAAGUAAUUGAUAAUGGCGAUGGAUUGCUGCAAGUAGAUUUUGACAGUAUAGUGAAGCAAUAUUAUACUUCUAAGAGUAUCAGCGAUGGGUGUUUCGGAUUUCGAGGAGAGUCAUUGUAUGCCAUGGCAACAGUGGCAAGUGUAUCAUUGAACUCAGGUAAUUUUUCGUUGGCAGUAAGUGGAGAGCAUCGAGAGUUGGAUGAAGUAGAUAGUAGUAAUAGUGGAACAGUUGUAGAAGUGAAAGAGCUCUUUGUCAAUAUUCCAGUAAGGCGAGAACAAUUGGACAAGAUCCCAGUACAUAAACUUUUGGAAAGUGUUCGUUUGGAAAUAUUUCAAACCAUUGCCAUUCAACCAAUUGAAUUAGAAGUGUAUCGAGUUACAAAUUCUAUAAAAGAACUUUUAUUUACAGUCAGCAACAAUUGGUCAUCAUUAAGUAGAGCCCAGAUAUAUGGUCAUACAAUGUCAUCUAUCUAUGGAGAACAGGUUAUACCGAAUUAUGAAAUUCUCAAGGCAGAAUUCCAAGGUUAUAGAUUAGAGGGGAUAAUUGGAAAGGAACCGCUGGCAAAACCGUAUCAAACAAUAUUUCUCGAUGGAAGAGUGUUGGUACUUUCUAACCAAGAAUUCCGUACAUUCCAUAAAUUAUUCGUGGAUGGUGGCGAUGAUCCAGAUACAAAGCCUUAUUUGAGACACCCCGUGUAUGCAAUUCUGAUAACUACCCCAGUGGGAAAAGAAAAGCUUGAGCCCAUAGAACUAUUUCAAGAUUCUUCCAAGAAAAUAUUCCAUUCCUUCCACAAGAGAAUUAUAAUAAGUAUGAUAACAAAGGUUUUCCAAAGUUAUCUAAAAUACAAUGUUUGGGAGAUUGUACGAAGUCCUCGCAAGAGGAAAGUGACUCCCGAUUUAGAAAACGAUAGGAAACGGCUAGAUAUAUCCAAACAACCAUUACCAUGCUUAAAUCUAUUCAACGAACUUGCGAGUAAGAUAGAUACGGAGAUCUCAACUAUUGCUAUACAACCAGGGAACUGGAGAGUAAUUAAACAAUUGGAUGAGAAAUUUAUUCUCAUUAUAACGAAUACACUCAAACCUCCACCAAUGCUAUUAGCGGUAGAUCAACAUGCAUGCGAUGAACGGAUUCGAGUCGAAGAUCUACUCAAAAAUACUAUAAAAGAUGCUUUAGAUGAAAACUCUGACACUAGUAUUGAGUUAAAGCAACCAAUAAAUUAUAAUUCAAUAACCACAGAGGAAUCUGAGCUUUUCGCAGCAUUUUGCAACAAUUUCAAAAUAUGGGGAAUUCAAUAUAUCAUUCUACCAGGGAAUCAUCUACAAAUUACACACUUACCGUGCUUACUUUCGGAGAAAUAUAAUGUGAAUAAGCUCCAUCCUGAGUUAUGUCGAAAGUUAGUGCAACAUGCAGUUGAUCUUGAUAGGAAAACUAAAAGUUGUCAUUUAUCUCAAACUGUCUGGACUGAGAACAUCCGGAAUAUUCCACACGUUAUAUUAGAGCUGAUCAAUACCAAGGCAUGUAGAUCGUCUAUAAUGUUUGGGAAGAAAUUGAGUGUCGAUGAAAUGACCUAUAUGGUGCAUCUAUUAGCGAAAUGUCACUUGCCGUUCCAAUGUGCACAUGGACGACCCUCUGUGGUUGCGCUUGCUGAUUUGAAUUGUAUACAGUAA